AUGGCAAAUUGUCGAAACGGAGUACCUGACCAGACACAAGUCGCCCUUGUCAACUAUAUUGUAGAAAAUGGUGGCGAGAAUUUUAACGGAUUGAACACUUUGUUUUUGUUUAAGAAUUGCCUAGCAAUUUCUCGUUGUCAAUACGGUUUUCCUCUCUGGGCUCAUCAUCAGGCUGGAGUUGCAGAUGUUUGUCUUUCUAUCUGUAGAAUAAACAAGUUAUCGGCUGAUGAGAGAAUUGAAUAUGAAUUUUUUGAUUAUGCCCUUAUGGUGUAA